AUGGUCACCACUUGUCCAGUUAACUUGAGUAAUGCAGAUGAAGUUACCAAAGUGUUUUCCCAUUCAGGUGUCCAGAUUCAGAGCUGCAGUGUGAGUGAAGAGGGUAUCCACAGCUCAGAGAGUCAGAGGUCACAUAAAGCCUGCAGAACCAAAAAAACAACCACCAAACUGUUCACUCCCAACAAGCCCAGCUUCCAGAUCUCAAGAGACUUUGGAGGCAGUAGCAUGAGCAGCAGUGUGGCUGACCUGCCCACCUUCUCCCCCAGCCUUUUUGCCCCCAGUGCCUUCAACUAUGCUCGGCCACGCCAGUUCAUCCAGUCUCAGCCAGCCUUUCAGGCCACCAGCUACAAUGGCGCCCAGGCUCUGCCUCAGCCCAGCGGGAACAGCAGCAAGGCCUCUCUUUCCUCUUCCAAUCUGAGCUUCCCCAUUUCCACCCCUGCAUCCUCACAGCUGACAGUGUUCCCUCGUGAUCCUCCUCCCUCCUCCGCUGCCCAGUCCAUGUCCCCCUCUUGCGCCCCCAUGCGCUCCACUAUCACCCUCACCCCCAGGGCCUACGCCAGUGUCCCAGCCCCACCUGAGCCCAAGUCCUCUCCAGCUGCCUUCCUCUGCUCUGUCCUGCCCUCUCAGUCCACCCCACAUUACAAGCCUGCUCCCAUCCUUCCCAAGCCCACCCUGAAGAAGGCUCCUGUUCCUAGGUCAGGGUCCUGCAACACGGAUGAGGAUAUCCAGGGCUCCAAGGAUGCCCUGAUCCAGGAUCUGGAGAAGAAGCUGCGUACCAAAGAGGCCCGUAGGCAAAACAGCCAGAAGCUGUCCUAUGAGGAGCGCAUGGCUCGAAGGUUGCUGGGUCCAGAUAACGCUGCCUCUGUCUUUGAGAAUUCCUCUGACUCACAACCCGACCAGCCAGAAUCACCAGAGGGACGUAACACCGGAGGAAUAUGGGGCAAACACCACUCUGGUACUGAUGUCAACGAGGGCUCAGCCAUCCAGGAGAAGUGCUAUGCCCCACGCUUCAUCCAGGUCCCCCCGGACCUCACGGUGGAGGAGGGCAGGUUCUGUAGGAUCCACUUCAAGGUGGGGGGUCUGCCCACACCAGACGUGACCUGGUACCUGGAUGGUAAAGCCAUCCGUCCAGACGACUACCACAAGAUGCUGGUGUGUGAGAAGGGCGUGCACUCCUUCAUCAUUGAGAUCGUGACGGUGCAUCACGCCGGAGUCUACGAGUGUAUUGCCAGGAACCGUGCCGGGGAGAACCGCUUCUCCAUGAAACUGGAGGUUAUCGCCCAGGAGGUGCUUCGUCCCCCUACCUUCAUCCAAAAGAUGCUGAACUCUCGUGCCUUGGAGGGGGACACAGUGAGGUUAGAGUCUAAGGUGACUGCCUCCCCUCCACCAAAGCUCUUCUGGAAGAAAGACAAAGACAUGCUAUGCAUUGACCCCACCAGAAUGAGCCUGUACCAGGACAGCACAGGAAGUCAAUGCCUGCUCAUUGAGAGGCUGGUCAAAUCUGAUGCAGGCUGGUACACCCUGUCUGCCAUCAAUGAGGCCGGCAUGUCCACCUGCAAUGCCAGACUGGAUGUAGGAACUCGCACCAACAAGCCUGCCCCCCCUACAGGCAAGCAUUUUAAAGUCCCCCUACUCCGCCAUCUCCCCAUCCUGUUUCCGGACCCCCCCCAGCACACUGCUCCCCUGUACGAGAGUGAGGAGCUUUAGACGACACUAAACCAGCAGUAUAAUAACCUGUUGUACCCCUCUGCUCCACUUUAUACUGGUCUGUCAGUCUGUCCACUGAGACGGUCAUGUUGUCUGUUCCUUGGGGAGGAAAUUAAUCAAAGUUUUGAGGAAGCAGAUAUACCCACAGUGCCUCAGUCUAAACAGGACACCUCACCAGUCCCCGCAUUUGUCAAAUGCACUUUAGUUUGAGCCCUUCUGUUGUUUUUUUAGGGUGGGCUGGUCAAUGUUUCUCAACAUCAUCCUCAAGUAUGGUGAAUCUUACCUGGCCUGAGCACAGACCUUUGUCAAAUGCUGUCUCUGUGGUUUGCUGUUCUAGUUAGAGAAUGAAUCAUGUAUUGUAUUCAGAUAACUCUUUUGAAGUUCCUUUACAAAAAGCAGCAUUUAUGACUGCAGCUUCAAGUGCCUCUCUCUGGUUUUAAAAAGGUAACAUUAUUUUAAUGUAUAAAGUAUUUAUUGGACAAUUCUGAAAUGUAAAUGGUUGCCUUCACACCCAAAUGUACGACCUGUCUGAUUCUGACCAUAGAAAAACGUUUUGAAGUCUUAUGUAUGUGAAUGAAUGCGUAAUAAAGUUUUACAACACAGGUGGUCUGAU